UGUUCCUCGGACACAGCGGAUCACCAAUCAAUGGAAAGAGCUGAAGGUGUCAGCUCGUCAUGUGAUCAGCUGUGUGCAAUCACAGCUGAUCACAUGUAAACAGGGAAAUGCCGGUUAUUGGCAUUUCUCUCCUCAUGAGCUGUCACGCUGACGGCUCGAGAGGAGAGCAGAGCCGAUCAUCAGAGCACUGAUAAUCAGUGUACCCUGAUGAUCUGUGUAGCCCCAGCAGUGCCACCUGUCAGUGUCCAUCAGUGCCAGCUGUCAGUGCUCAUCCAUGCCACCUGCCAGUUCCCAUCAGUGCCACAUCAAUGCCACAUAUCAGUGCCACAUCAAUGCCACAUAUCAGUGCCACAUCAGUGCCAUAUUUCAGUGCCUACCAGU